CCCAACGCAUCCGAUUGAACGUUUCUGAACGCCUCGGUCACCGCGGAUGAUCGAUGCGCGGCCCCGGCCAAGCUGCCAUGCAGCGCUGCGUCUAUUUCAAGCUCACCGGCUACUGCUCGUAGAGCCAAGAACCGGAGCUAUUUUAACUAUUCAUACCACUGUAGCAGCGGAAAGCCGGACUAGAUAUAUAAACCUUGUGGCGAUCCGAUCGUGUUCGUCCAUGGCCGACGAGGGGUCGUCGCGCGCCGAGCUGAUCGAGGCUUCGCCGGCGCCGGCGCUGGACCUUCCGUCGCCGCCGCGGAAGCCGCGGGGCCGGCCGCUGGGGUCCAAGAACAAGCCCAAGCCGCCGGUGGUCGUGACGCGGGAGAGCGAGGCGGCGAUGCGGCCCGUCGUGCUGGAGCUCGGCGCCGGCUGCGAGGUGGCCGCCGCGGUGGCCGCGUUCGCGCGGCGCCGACGCGUCGGCGUGUCCGUGCUCUGCGGCCGCGGCACCGUCGCCGCCGUCACGCUCCGGCUCCCGACCUCGCCGCCCGCCGCGGUGAAGCUGCACGGGCGGUUCGAGGUGCUGUCCCUGUCCGGGACGGUGCUGCCGUCCGCGGCCGGAGAGGGGGCCGCGCCGCCGCCGCCGUUCUCGGUGUCUCUAGCUGGGGCGGGCGGGCAGGUGAUCGGCGGCACGCUCGCCGGGGAGAUGACGACGGCGGACGGGUUGGUGGUGGUGGCCGCCACGUUCGGGAGCGCCGAGGUGCACCGGUUGCCCGCUGAUGAGGACGACGAGGCCACCGGCAGCCGCGGCGGUGAGGAGCGGAGGCAUCCACAGCAGCAGCCGCCGCAGACGGUGGCGGCCACGAGCGCCGUCGACGUGGGGCUGCUUGGGUACGGCGGCGGUGUGGGGGUUGCCGGCGGUGCGAGUGGCGGGCAGGUGGGCCGCCACCAGCAGCAGCAGCAGCAGGCCGAGAUGGUCUUGUGGGCCCAGUCGCCAGGCUCAGUCGGCCCGGCCCAUCCUGCCACGAGUCGUUACUAGCCACUAGCCAGCACGGUAGUUUAACGUUUCUUUCUCCCGGCAUGGUGAUGGCGUCAUGAUGCCACCCUACCAUCGUACAUUACGUACUGGGGUAUUUCACGUCUACUACUUCUACAUGGGAUGGUUGUGCUUGGUAUAAAUUGGCUCCAAACUUCACGGCAGUUAUUUUAGGAUGUAUUCUGUGGUUAAUUAUGUUGCUUUUUGAGUUUGAGAGAUUGAGAGUUUACCAUGCAGGAAACGACUAGCCAAGCAGAGAAUGUGCUCCCUCGGUUCUUUCCAACUUCCCCACAUCUGCUGUGCUGUGCAUAUUGUGGUAAGUAGGGGGUAGGCAAAGCCACAACUACUAGAGAGUAGAGGUAUCACUCACCGAAACAGGCUUCUUUGUUAUCGAUGGCGAAAAUAGAAGAUUGAUACUCCUACGUUGAUGUUGUCGGGAAGGCGCGAGAAAUUGUGGAGUUUCCGAUGCAGUCCAUGCAAGCCUAAAGUUGACCCCUCAAAAGGCAGGUUGUCUUUUCAUUGCAUAUGCAGUGUGAUUAUGUAAACAGUAAACUCAACCGCUCCGUUUAUUACUCCUCAGAGCAUCUCCAACAGGCUCUCUAAAUAUCUAUUUGGCUAACUCUCUAUCUAAUUUGACAAGUCAGACAAGUUGUUUACUCCAUCAGCCUCUCCAUUUAUCCUCUCUAUUCUGAGCGUAUGACAGUGGGACCCACAUGUCAGUCUCUGCAACCCUUUCUUCUUCCUCAUUCUUCUCCCCCCUUUUCCCCAAGCCCCCCCCCCCCACCGGCGCCACCGCCCCAUCUCCCCAUCCGGCAUCCGCCCAUCCCUAUCCGCCGCCGCCGCCGCCCCAUCCCCAUCUGUCGCCGUCGCUCGGGGCAAGCUUGGGUGGACGUGGGGCGGCCAACCGGGUGGACGUCGCCUUCUGCGGCGGCACGCGCGCGGGGGGUGGACACGAGGAGGAAGAGGUCGUGAUGGGGUCGGCGGCAAGGGCGGUGAUGGUGGCGGUGAACGCGGACCCCCGUCAGGGGCCCCAAGCUCGGGUGGGCGCGGGGCGGAUCUGGCGACGGUGCCGACGACGGUGGCAUCCGGCAACGACGACCUCGGAGACGACGGUAGCGGACGGCGACCUUGGCAGCUAUAGCGGAUCCGAUGACGGUGGCGACGGUGGCUGGCGACGGAGCCGACGACGGCUGGCGACGACGGCGGCGCCCGGCAACGACGACCUCGGCAGCAGCGGUGUAUGGCAAUGGCGUCUCGAUGACGACGGUAGCGGACAGAGAAAGGGGUGAGGGGUGCCUGUCGACAUAGGGCCCACGAUUGGCUAGACUAUUUUGGCCGGCUAAAUUUGGUCAGCGAGAUGGCUUGGCCAUCCAGAUAGCCAGGCUGUUGGAGUGCGAAAUUGAGUAUUAACUUAGAGAGUGGGAUAAGAAUACUGUUGGAGAUGCUCUUAUAAGUGAGUAUGACUACUUAUAUAAGUGAGUAUGAUAU